GCCGCGGCUGCUGCCGGCGGCAUGGGCGAUGGAGGAGCUGAGCAGGGACGCGGCCCCAUCGGGUUGGCGGCAGCAGAGCGAAUGCGGGAGCUGGGGAGCCGGGCAGAGCUGGGGAGCGCAGGGCGCGCGGGAGACUGGGCCCGUGGCGGGUCAGGAGGAGGAGGAGGAGGAGGCGGUAGCCGCGGGCUCAAGGACGUAGCGGGAACCUCAGCCAUCAGCCCUCCAGCCGGAUCUAAGGCAACCUGUACUGAGAGCGAGCGCCAGGCUGGAGCCAACGAAGCGGAUUAUUGCCGCCGGAUCCUUGUGCGAGAUGCCAAGGGUACCAUCCGGGAAAUUGUCCUCCCCAAGGGUCUCGACCUGGAUCGACCAAAGAGGACUAGGACAUCCUUCACAGCUGAGCAGCUGUACCGUUUGGAAAUGGAGUUCCAGAGGUGUCAGUAUGUUGUGGGGAGAGAAAGGACUGAGCUGGCUCGCCAACUGAACCUCUCAGAAACCCAGGUCAAGGUCUGGUUCCAGAACCGCCGGACAAAGCAGAAGAAGGACCAGAGCCGGGACUCAGAGAAGAACUCAUCAACUUCCACCUCUGAGGCGUUUGCCACAUCCAACAUCUUGCGACUGUUGGAGCAGGGACGUCUUCUCUCAGUCCCCAGGGCCUCUAGCCUCCUGGCCCUGACUUCCAUACCACCAGGCCUGACCACCAGCAACGGGACCACCACCCUGGGGCUCCCCCGGAACUCCUCUUCAAACCUCAUGGGGAACAGCCCGACUGAGAGCCCCCCCAAGGCAGGAGCCCCUUUUAGCCUAAUUGGGCCCCAAAUGGCCUCAGCCUCAACUUCUCCUCGGCUGCCACCCCCACCACCUCCACUUUGUUUCACCACAACCUCACUCCUGGACUUGCCCAGUGGGUAUGAAUUGGGCACUUCGGCCUUUGAGCCAUACAGUCGACUGGAAAGGAAAAACAGUGGCCCUAGUAGCAAGAAGGCCAACACAACUUAACCACCUCCUACCCCACACUGACACUCCCUCCCCAUCACACCUCCAUUUGUCCCUCCACCCCAUUACCCCAGCCAGGGAGUAAGGAGAGAAAGACUUUCCCACUCUCCAUUAAUCUCUCUCUCCCAGCUGAAAAAACUCAUCAAGCAAAUGUCUGGGCGGUUUGUGUGUAUGUGUGUGUGUGUAUGUGUGUGCGCUCACUCCAGUGAGUGUGCAAGUAUGUGUCUCUCACACAAAUAAAAGGAAAGGCACAAGAAUGAAGGAGAUAAAAUAACUGCCCUGCCCUUCCCACCAGACUUCUAAUCCUCAAGCCUUCCUUCCUUCCUCAUUCUCCUCAUCCUCUCCAGGCCCUUUUAGUAGGAGCUGAACUGAGAGCAAAGAGUUCUGAGAAGAGUGAGAGGGUUAAUGGUUGGAAGUAGAGCCAGAGUGCUGGUUUUCCUAUAUGUGCUGGAAGGUGGCUUCUGUGUGUUCAGGGCCCCUCUUAACAUGUAGAUGCCACAGCUGGCCUCCCCUGCAGAGGAUGUGGUUGCUUACACAAGGUGAUAUGAGGGAAGGUUCCUCCCUUCCAAAAAUAUCUCCCCCACCCAGGUGCCACAGUGCCUGAAAUUCCAUCAUUAACACACAAUCCCCUUGAGUUCAUCACUACUCUUUCUCUGUUAAAAUGAUAACUACCUAGGGAGGUAGGGUGGGGAGGAAUGCAUUCAGUCCCUAAGUUAAUGUGGGUGGUAAGGGUGAUAAGAUGGAAGAAAUAGGCUCAGAAAGGGGAGGAUGGGGGGAGUGAGGACAAAAUUUGCUAACUUGGAAGUUUUGCCAAUACAUUCCAUAUUUAGGGAAAUGGACCCAUAGUGGGGCCACCUUUCCUGAACCUACCUUUCAACUGGCACAAGGCAGGAUCCUACAGAAACAGGCAAUAAGAGAUUCCUUACUUUUAUGCCUCCACUUUUAUGCUCCAGGAGAGCAGGCCUGGAAAAGUGUUCCAGGGGUGAUGAUAUGGUGAUAAGUGGGGUGUGGGAAAUGGCGGGGAGUGUGGAGAGGGAGAUUGCUUUGCAAUGUUGUACAUUACA